AUGGAAGCCACCGACAAGCCCUUGUCUUCCGAACUGUUGGCGACGCCAUUGCGGAAUCAACGCAAAACACCGAUCGCGCAACUAGCACCGACACUCGAUGACCUUGACAAUCGAUGCAUCGUCGCGACCGUCAGUCUAAUAUGGCCAUAUUCCUCUUUCCAGAAAUGUCUGAGUCUACUCCUCGCCGAGCCCGAUUCUCGUUUGCGGUGGCCGAAUGGCCAGGUCAAGGCGAUUUUCCACGGUCGCGUCGCAGAAAGUGUCGCAGAGCAGCGCGUUGGAAUCGGCGAAACAGUAUGCCUGUCAUUGAAACAUGGGCGGUUGGUGUCCAAGGAGAAUGCGUCGCAAACCCCACAGAAAGGUGUGCCCUGGGAUCUGCACUUCGACGACGGUGUCAUGCUGGAGGUCAACCGGACAUCUCAAAAUGCGCCCUCACUUUCCGUUACUGUGCAGCCCUCAGCGCUGCCUGAAAUAGAGCCUCCGUCGACACCUCAAUCACACUCUGUCGAUCGCGAUUCUGGCCCCGUCGCCCUUCGUGGUCUGUGGGGAUCACCUGCUUUUCACAAAUCUUCACGAAAAUCUUCGGGAAGCGCGGUUGAUUCUAUGUUCGAUCCGUUUAUCGAGGAAGACGGCUAUGUUCCAGGCAAAGGGAGAAAAAGACCGAGGUACAGUCUGCAACGGAAUGAAUGGCGCGUUGUGAACGAGCCUAGCAGCCCUCCCGAGCUCGAUGGCGAGGUGGAUUGGGAGAAGUCACUGGAGGACGAAAUGGAGAUCGAAUUCCGUGCAGACCAGACGGAGGACACGCCCGCACCAACAUUUACGGCCACGGCAUUCUCAACCGCAUCUCCAGCCGCAUCGAAUGUGGAAGAGACCAACCCGGCAAGUGCAGGUGUUCAGCCUGGAGUCAACGAUUCUUUUGUCUUCGCCAAGCCGCAUUUCGAUAUUGGCCGUGUGUCCUCCAUCAGGCCUAGUUUGCAAGAGUCCGACAGGAACUCGGCUAUGUCUCCGUCGGAAGGCCUGGAAUCUCUCCCAACAGCACCGGUAGCUACGCCCCAGCUGCGGCCAGUUCCAUCUCCUGGGUUACCAAUUCCAUCACCGUUCCCAUCCGACCAGCAUCAUUCACAAGACUAUUUUGCAACUAUUCAUACCGCGCCACCUGCACAACAUUUACAUGGAUCUUUCGAACCAUCUUCCGAGGUUACUGCCGAAGAGCGUGGCCUACAUGAAAAAGAGCUUCACACUCAAAUGCCAUAUGGAUCGACUGACCACGGAGAGGAGUCAAAGGACUCGACAUACGAAGAUUUUCCUUCUUCAUCAUGGCACCAGGCGAAGGAUGAGGAACAAAUACCGAGGUCCUUCCUCCAAGAGUCUGUCACUAGCGCAUGUGAGGAAACGCCAGAAAUUCUCAUGGACCCUUUGCUCUCGCAGUCUCCGGAGAUUGAAUCAUCAGAUUUAGUGAACAGAGAUAUGCAGUUGGAAGCCGGUGACGAGUUGCGUGCGGGUGUCACAAGCGAAGAAGUCGAAGACCCUGCGUCUCAAAAACAUGAGGAAGUGCUUGUCGAGCAUAUGAAGGCCCAAGAAUUGCCACAAGUGCAGGCAAGAGAUACUGAAACCGAUAUAACAAACGUUCUCACUCACAUGCAGCCUGGAUCCGAUCAAGUCCAUGGGGACACCGAGACGCGCGAGGUCAUAGCGGACGAGAUCUCACUGCGCCCGGAAAUUAAAAGAUUCGCCGAAGCAGCCGUGAUGUACACACCUCGUCAGCACAGAAGGGAUGGCCUUCGAGCAAAUGAGGCGGACGAUGCAAGUCUUGAAGACGAGGACGAAGACGAAGACGCGGAAGCAGAAUCGUGGCAAAUUGAUCAAGACAAAUAUGCUAUUCCAACUCCCAUGGACGAAAAUGCAAAACAUGCUGUUGAUUCAAUGGACGAAGAUGAAGAUGCAGACGCAGACUCGUUCUCAGCAAGCGAGCUGUACGAGGACGAAUAUGAUAGUGAGGAGGACAUGCAUGAAGAUCAAGAGAGUGAUGACAAAGAGAUUACGCGUCAACAGCCGGCAGGGUCACCAGAUGUCAUCGUCUUGGACAGUGACAGCGAAUAUGAAGAUCGGCCUCAACGAACGACCGCCGAUGCGCCUGUGUCAACCCCAUCCCGCUCGGUGGACUUGGAGAGAUCUUCCCCUUCCCAUGCAUCGCGCGCCACUAUGGACUCGCAACGCUCCAUGACGUACAAACGAGGUAUUUAUUCCGGUCAUGGCACUUCAGAAUCUGAGGUCACGAGUGACCAAGACUCAGAGGACUUCGAUUCAGAAGGGGAUGAGGACGAAGAACUUCCUUAUGUGGAGAACGAACGAGUCCGUGAUAGUGACUUGGAUGAUGAGUCCUCUUCCGGCGAUGAUGUUCAGGGGGACAACCAUGAGCGCGUCAAACUAGUCGACGACGCCGCCCAACAGACCAUCGGUCGAGCUCCCGCUGAAGUGAUCGAAGAAGACAGCUCGGCUCAAUUUGCAGGAUUGGAAAAAUUCGAAGAAGAUGAAGAGAAAGGACGUCUGGAAGGCGAACACGAAGAUCUUGGGGAAGAUGACGUUGAGGAAAGCGAAGUUGUGGAAGUUGGAGUUGAGCGAGACGAGGUGGUGGAAGACCACGACGAGGAUGACGAGGAAAACAUACACGGACCAGAGGAAAAAGAAAUGGAGAAGGACAUGGUACUCGGGACGGACUCUCGAUUUACGUCAAUCAAUGAGACGUUCUCCUCCACAGGCGAGUUUAUGAGGCCUGAAGCUCCACAGGAGGAAGAAGCUGACGUCUUGGUCGAAGUAACCAAAGAACGACCCGAGGGCACUCUCACUUCCUUGCUCGGAGCGGACAGUGCACAAGACUGGGAAGUUUCAGUCGAUCCUCAGGAAGGCCAAAUGUCGAGUCGUGGUAGCCUUUCCGGGUUUGUAGAAGCGGAAGUCACGAUGCUGGAAAAAAACGAAAUUUCUGUCUUCAAGGACACUGAACAAGUUAUUACCGAAGACAUUGCAGGCAUUGUGGCAUCAGUGUCAGAUCCCGUCUCCACCGAGCAAUUGCUGAGCCCUGAUUUCACGCAAGACGUGAUUAUAGAAAAGGAAGUCGACACCGAGAAUGAAAGGAGCAGAGGCGCAAGUAGCAGUGAAAAGCCAUUGCCAGCAGACUCAAAUGAGCUUCAUGCCGCUCCGUUGGCUGUUUUUGAUGGGGAAGCUAUCACGCAAGAGCAAGACAAGCUCGCCUUGAAACCGGACGUUGACGAGGUGGAUGAGGAAACGCCACCGUCAUCACCGACGAGGUCUCUGCCUUCAUCGGAAAUACACGAAGAUACCAUGCAGACAGAUGAGCCGCAAGCAUCUUCCACCGAACCCCUGCCCGAUGCGCCCCAAACGCCCGUCGUUGUUGUCAGGAAAGCUUCGCUACCAGAUCGAGAGGCUCAAGGACUUCGAAGCAAAUUAUCUUACUUUGCCCCUCUCGCCUCGCUUGCUGAUCAUUAUAAUGCUCUCGUGGAUACAAUUUCAGUAGUCUACGAAUACAGUCCCAUUGCCAAGGCGACGUCCGGAGCCAGAGACUACUACAUGAGCAUCUUCCUCACUGACCCAUCGAUGGCCGGUACGACGCUUGAGGCUCGAAUCUUCCGACGUUACAAAUCUGCAAUACCGACUGUGACGGAAGGCGAUGCCAUCUUGCUCAGAGAUUUCAAGGUCCAAAGCCACCAGCACUCAAUGGUUCUCAUCAGCGUUGAUUCAAGCGCGUGGGCUGUCUUCGCCCAUACAGGGUCUGAGCCGACGAUCAAUGGUCCGCCUGUGGAGUACGGAUCCGAGGAAAGUGACUUUGCUUCUGACUUGCGGCGAUGGUAUGUUGAAGAUGGCGCUGGGAUGGUCGCCGACAACCGGCUUCAGGCUUCGAUUGCAAUCGAAAGCCGGUCCAGGACUCCCAGCAGCGCCACGGCUAGUGAGGUUGGUAGCCAAGAUGGCACGCCAUCUGCGCGGAGCUCAAGGCGUUCUCGAAGGAGUCAUCGACAGGUGAUCAUUCAUGAAUUACGGGAUGGGACUCGUUACACGGAGAUCGGAUCACCGAGCGGGCAGCAUGGUAUUCAUGAGCUCCGCGAUGGAACAGUAUAUGUAAACGAGUGA